AUUCUUGAUUAGAGAAAGAGAAAGAUCCAAUAGAAAAAUUAUUUGAUUUGUUCAUUUAUUUUCUACUGAGUAUAACCCUAAAGAUCCGACAAGGCUAGAUUUUACAUUUUUUCCUUCUUUUCAUAGAUUUUUUGAGUCAAUGGAUUUAACGGACCGUCGCAACCCUUUCACCAAUCUAGCUUUUCCACCGCCACCGCCACCGCCGCCAUCCACCACAUUCACAAGCCCUCUAUUCCCACGAUCAAGCUCUUCCAGCACUAGCUUUCCUAUUCUUGCCGUCGCAGUGAUCGGAAUCUUAGCUACUUCCUUCUUGCUUGUAAGUUACUACAUCUUCGUGAUCAAAUGCUGUCUUAACUGGCACCAAAUCGACAUCUUCCGCCGCCGAAGAAGAAGCCAAAACCCUCUAAUGAUAUACUCUCCUCAUGAAGUUAACCGAGGUCUGGACGAGUCCGCCAUCAGAGCUAUCCCAAUCUUCAAGUUCAAGAAGAGAGACGUUGUUGGAGGAGAAGAUCAGGAGAAGAGCUCCCAAGAAUGUUCUGUUUGCUUAAACGAGUUUCAAGAAGACGAGAAGCUGAGGAUUAUUCCUAAUUGUUGCCACGUGUUUCACAUUGAUUGCAUUGAUAUUUGGCUUCAGGGCAACGCGAAUUGUCCCUUGUGCAGAACCAGCGUUUCUUGGGACGCAAGUUUCUCUCUUGACCUAAUUUCUGCACCGAGUUCUCCUCCUAGGAAUGGGAAUCAUGGAAACGACGCCGUUCUAGGUGGCGACAAUGAUUUCUUCGUGAUUGAGCUUGGGAGCAAUAAUGGUAAUAACAGGCAAAGCGUGAGAAGCAGAGACUUUCUUGCAGAACAAGAAAGGGCUACCUCGGACGAAGUGUUGAUAAGUCCUUCUCCAAGAAAAUUUGAUCUUCAUGCAAUGCAUAAUAAAAAGAGAGUGUUUCACAAAGUGACGAGUAUGGGAGAUGAAUGCAUCAAUACUCGUGGAAAAGAUAGUCAAUUCAGUGAGAUCCAGCCCAUAAGAAGAUCGAUCUCGAUGGAUUCUUCACUGGAUCGCCAGAUGUACUUGGCUGUUCGAGAGGUGAUUGGCCGGAACACCGGGAAGGCUGUAAUUGUGGCCGGAGACGGUGGAGGUUCUGCGGAAGGUUGUAGCAGUAGUGGUGGUGAUAAUAGCAGAGUGAUGAAGCGAUGUUUCUUCUCUUUUGGAAGUAGUAGAUGUUCUAGAAGUUCCUCAAUAUUGCCUGUUUAG